CCCAAACUACUCCCUGAAACUCCCAUUUCUUGGAGCGAAUGUGGACACUUUAGUAAAGUGCAGACACGCUGUUCGAUUUGUAACUACGUGGGAGAGAACCGGCAGCUCCACAGCUCCUCAGUCGGGUCCGAACCUGAAGCGUGGAUGAGUAAAAUACGGACAGAGCGGGAUUUGGACCGCGGAACAUCUCCGUGCACAAGGGAACCUCGGAGCCAGAAGGAGAACGGAAGAGGGGGGAAACCCUCACAACAGCCCCGCUCCGUGCAGCCGCGUGCGCACAGGCGCGAGGCAAAGUAGCGUUGACGUGACGUUCAGCGGGACAAACGCGGACUCCUGUGGUCUCCUGAACCCCUUACCGAAGCCUAGGCGCCACACCGGAGCGUGUGUUUUGUUUUUUUAAAUAAAGAAAGGACACACGGUAUCGUGAGAGUGCUCUUCAGUUUAGCGUUCUUAAUUCAAAAUUUUCCUCUCGGAAUUAACUGGAACUUGUCGUUUUGCGUAGACGAAACUUGACAUGCAAAUUGUGUAGGAGACUCUUGGCUUUGUUCAGCUCCUAACAAGUCUUGGACCGUUUUUUCUCCUCACUAGUACUGACUGUUGUUUGAUGUGAGUAGAGAAGUCGACAUUGUUUUAAGGAAGAAAAAAAACCCUGCUUCCAGCUGUUUGCAUGAUUUGUCUCCAUCCAGUCGUCGUUGAUAGAAUUUGCUGGAAAAAAGUUUUGAGAAUGAAGAGAAGAAAAACGCUGCUUUAGAGCGGAGUCGUGUCUUUGCCGCGAGCACAGCAGAGCUGAACAUGCGCGCGCAGAGGGCUCACCGCAGCUGUUAACACGCAAAGUUGGGAACUUUGCGGCGCAGAUAGUGAAUGAUCAAGACUUCCGGUGAGACACCGAGCGUCGUUCCUGCUGGUGCGCCCUGCCUGACCCGCUGCUUUCCAGAGACUCGGGUUUGCCUUCGAGGAGAUCCAGCCCCCCCUCUCCCCGGAGCAGAGAUGGAGGAGUGGAGGCAGUGCGGGCGGUGGUUGAUAGACUGCAAGGUGCUGCCCCCCAACCACCGGGUCGUGUGGCCCUCAGCGGCCGUCUUCGACUUGGCACAGGCUCUGAGAGACGGGGUGCUUCUGUGCCAGAUGUUGCACAACCUCUCUCCCGGGUCAGUGGACCUGAAGGAGAUCAAUUUCAGACCCCAGAUGUCACAGUUUCUGUGUCUGAAAAACAUCCGGACCUUUCUGAAGGUGUGUCACGACAAGUUUGGCCUGAGGAACAGUGAAUUAUUUGAUCCCUUUGACCUGUUUGAUGUCAGAGACUUUGGGAAGGUGAUUUCUGCUUUGUCGAGGAUCUCCCAUCACAGCAUUUCCCAAAACAAAGGCAUCAGGCCUUUCCCGUCUGAGGACACAGCUCUGAAUGAGGAUGAUGUGUACCGGAGCCUGGAGGAGCUGGCAGAUGAGCAUGACUUGGGUGAGGAUGACAUCUAUGACUGUGUGCCAUGUGAGGACGAUGGCGACGACAUCUAUGAGGACAUCAUUAAGGUGGAAGUACGACAACCGAUGAUCAGAUAUAUGCAGAAAAUGGGAAUGACGGAGGAGGACAAGAGACACUGUUGCUUAGUAGAGAUCCAAGAGACCGAGGCCAAGUACUACAAGACUCUGGAGGACAUUGAGAAGAACUACAUGAUUCCACUGAAGCAAGUCUUAAGCCAGCUGGAAAUGGAGAAGAUUUUUGUCAACCUUGAGGAUAUUAUCAGAGUCCACUUUGGUCUCUUGCGAGCCAUUGACCUGACCAUGGUUAGUGGAGGAAGUGGCCUCGGAAAGAUCUUCAUCGACUUCAAGGAAAGGCUGUUGAUCUAUGGUCAGUACUGCAGCCACAUGGAAAACGCACAGAAGACACUGGAUGAUCUAACAGCAACACGAGAGGACAUCAAGAUUAAAGUAGAGGAAUGUACGCUGAAGGUGCAAGAAGGGAAGUUCAAACUGCAGGACUUGCUGGUUGUUCCCAUGCAGAGGGUGCUAAAAUAUCACCUACUGCUGAAGGAACUUCUGAGUCACUCAACUGACCGACCUGAGAGACAACAGCUCAAAGAGGCUCUAGAGGCCAUGCAGGACCUGGCGAUGUAUAUAAAUGAAGUCAAGAGGGACAAUGAGACGCUAAAGAAAAUCAGUGAAUUCCAAAGUUCUAUAGAAAAUCUUCAGGUGAAACUGGAGGAGUAUGGCAGGCCAAAGAUAGACGGAGAGCUGAAGGUGUCUUCUAUCAUCAAUAGAACAAAACAGGACCGGUAUAUCUUCCUCUUUGACAAAGUGGUCAUUGUGUGCAAGAGGAAAGGCUAUAAUUAUGAGCUGAAGGAGAUUAUUGAACUGCAGUCGUACAAAAUGUCAGAUGACCUCAUGAACAACAGAGACAUGAAAAAGUCGAGUGGAAAAAUGUGGUCCUACGGUUUUUACCUGAUCCAUUUGCAAGGGAAGCAGGGUUUCCAGUUCUUCUGCAAAGCUGAAGACACAAAGAGGAUUUGGAUGGAGCAGUUUGAAAUGGCUAUGUCCAACAUAAAGCCAGAGAGAGCCACCGCCAAUCAGCACAACUUCCAAAUGCACACGUUUGAUAAGAACACCAACUGUCGAGCUUGCAAGAAGCUCUUGAGAGGCAUUUUCUAUCAGGGCUACUACUGCACUCGCUGUGGAACCGGAGCUCACAAAGAGUGUCUGGAAGUGGUCACCAUCUGUAAAAUCAACCCUCAUGACUUGGAACCUGGAUUGUCACCAGGUCCAAAGAUGGUGGCAGUGCGGAACUACCAUGGCACAUCACCUCCUCUAGGGAAGACCCCACUGUGUUUCCAAACAGGAGAAAUUAUUGAGCUGCUCAAGGGAGAUCCAGACACCACAUGGUGGGAGGGAAGGCUUAUUCAAACACAAAAAAGUGGAUUUUUCCCCAGUUCCUGUGUAAAACCUUGCUUGGAUCCAAAGCCCUUUCAGUCAAUAUCCUACAGACAGUCAUCAAGGGAAUCAGACUACUAUGGAUAUCCUUGGUUUGCGGGAAACAUGGAGCGCCAGCAGGCAGACAACCUUUUAAAAUCCCACAGCAGCGGAACCUACCUUAUCAGAGAGAGGACAGCUGAGGCGGAGAGGUUUGCCAUCAGCAUCAAGUUCAAUGAUGAAGUAAAGCACAUCAAAGUCAUAGAAAAGGACAGCUGGAUUCACAUCACAGAGGCUAAAAAGUUUGAAAGUCUUCUGGAGCUGGUGGAAUAUUAUCAGUCACACUCACUGAAAGAAAGCUUCAAACUGUUGGAUACCACACUCCGCUACCCCUACAAGUCAAGAGAGCGUUCGCUAACACGGGCCAGCACACGCUCACCAGCAGCCACCUCCGCCUCCUACAACUUCUCCUUCCUCAGUCCACAAGGCCUCAACUUCUCCUCCUCUCAGAGCUCAGCUCCCUUUUGGUCAGUCUUUACUCCUCGGGUGGUCAGCACCGCAGUGGCCAGGUAUAACUUUGCUGCACGGGACAUGCGAGAGCUGUCGCUGCGAGAAGGAGACAUUGUUAAAAUCUACAGCAAGAUCGGUGGAGACCAGGGCUGGUGGAAAGGGGAGGCCAACGGAAGAAUUGGAUGGUUUCCCUCAACAUACGUGGAUGAAGAAGGAGUGCAGUAAGGCGUGGAUGUUGGUCGACCAGCUCCUGUGAAACGGGAACCUCAGUCUACUGUACUUAGAGAAAUGUGACUCCCUCCACCAAAAAACAAAAAAGAACACAAAGAAGGAAUUUUUUUUGUUGCUCUUAUUGCUGGAUGCCCAUUUUUCUGUGAGAAUUUCUUUCUCUGUUUCUCUGUCUUCAAUUAUGCAUCAGCUUUUGUUUUUUGCAGGAUGUCCUGUUUUAUUUAUGUACAGGAAAGAAGAAAAACAAGUGUCUGCUGACCUUUCUGCGCUCUGCACAGACUUGGCAGAACGAAGGGCAGCACAGAAACUGACUGUUGAUAGCUUUACUUUGAAAAAGUAUCCCCUCUGAUGCAGGUCUGUGCAAGGUGAGCUAAUUGUACAGCAUAGAUAAUUUAUUGAAUAGAGAUUAUUAUCAUUACUAAUGAUUAUUGCGGGGAAGUUGGGUUAAACAAAGACUCAGAUCAGACGGGCUAGGAGAAAAAAAAAAGGUGUUUUCAUGUCCAGAGAUUUUGCCUUAGUUGUCAUGGUGAUGCCUUGUGGGCGGACACCAGUGGAGGGAUUCUAAUUUGUGGACUGGUUUUACUUCUCUAUGUAUGCAUGUGCAGCCCACACACACACACAUACAUGCACAAGCACACACUCCAAUGUACAGUACGGUGCCUUCGAAGAAUGGUUGAACCUCAGCAUCCACAAAAGGACAGCCCAUCCACACUCAGAGGACUUCACUGAAGAGAGCAGAGAGGCACUGAUGAAACCCUGUGGGGACAGCUCACUCUCUGAGACCUCCAACCCCAUUCCUCCACACUACUGGAGGCUGGAUGGGACAGCUGGAGGGGUCUUUUUUAAGCCAACAUCACAUCUUGGUGUCAAGUCUGUGGGAAUGCUCAGUUCAAUGCAAAAUGGAGUCAUCAAGAUGUUCCCACUCUUUUUGUUUAGUGUCAUUGAUUUGUUGGUUCCUACACUGAAUCUGUUUCUGUCUGAAAGUUCAAACCAAUUUUCUUUUCAUUUGAAGCCAAAUUUUCAGCCAUGUGUCUGGAUAACAUGGAUCAUGGAUCUGAUAACAUGGAUCUGAAAACCUGUUAUGAUCUUGCCUUACUUGUUUAGUUUUUACAGAUAAUCAGGUGACUUGCUGUUUCAUUCAUUUUCUGUGUUCAGUUCAUUUUGGUUCAGCAUUGAAAGCUUUUUUUUUUUUUUACUUAAAAGGAACCUUUGUGGGCUCCACCUAAAUCCACCAACUGAGUUUUUUAACUGUUUUCAUUGUGUUCUCGUUUUAUUUCCCUGCUGUGGUUGAGAACUUCACAGACGCACUGCCGUUUACACCACAGUGCGCUGCAGACCGUUUUUUCGGCUGAAAGCAUAUUCCGUCAGUUGACUUUUUCAUUCCAGAAACUCUACAUGAAUAUUCAAUUUCAUUUCCAGCUCCGGUAAUGUGGCCUUACCUCCAACAUUCAGAUUUUCCACAAAUACAUUUCCACCUUGAUGAUACGUCAUGAAAGAAAAGGAAGUUAAACUACUGUCACACAUCCCCUUUGAGAAGUAAAGUGCACAUCCUGUCAGUUCCAGCAGGUUUAAGGUGACAGGAGAAGCACAAGGUGCUGAUUUGUUUAGUUUCUAAACUUGUUGAGUCGUGCUCCUGCACCGGCAGAGUCCUGCCGCUGUGUGUGGGGGACACACGGGAUACUUCCAUGUUGUCUGCUAUGGUGGUGGGGAUUCAGUCGCUUUUUUUAUGUGGUGGAUAAAAACCCAUUGCAUGUGAUUAUUGAUAUGUCAAAUCCUGUCAGUUCAUCCUUGGAAAAAAUGUGUACUUGAUCGUGUACAUUUUUUUUGAAUGGUUGAGUAUUUUCAAAUGAGGUCUAUCAUGAAAAUAAAUAUCUCUUUUUGAAUAAA